AUGGAUCACUCCCGCGAUCCCUGUCCCUGGGUCAUUCUCAAUGACUUCGGUGGUGCCUUUGCUAUGGGUGUACGUGCACCCACGCAUCAGCAAUUCGCAUUAGCUAACACAACCCAGGCUGUCGGUGGUGCAGUAUGGCACGGCGUGAAGGGUUUCCGCAACUCGCCCUACGGCGAGCGACGCAUCGGCGCCAUCACAGCCAUCAAGGCGCGCGCGCCCGUACUCGGCGGUAACUUCGGUGUCUGGGGAGGCCUGUUCAACACAUACGACUGUGCCGUAAAAGGCCUGCGGAAGAAGGAGGACCCGUGGAACGCCAUCAUUGCUGGGUUCUUCACCGGCGGCUCGCUCGCGGUACGAGGAGGCUACAAGUCGAUGCGCAACGGCGCGAUAUCGUGCGCCAUCCUGCUGGCCGUCAUCGAGGGUGUGUCAAUUGGCUUCAAUCGCAUGAUGGCCGACAACACCAAGCUCGAGGCGCCCCCGCCACCACCCACAGACGCCGGCGCAUCGCCUAGCGGCGGUCUCGCCAUGGCCGCGUAA